UCCAAUUUGCUAACUCCUGCAGUCACGUGCACACUUCUUUGCAGCUCUGCGAACUUCUAGAUGGCUGGGUCUUCCAAUAAAUGCGGCAUUCGCUACAUCGGCAACUCGGGACUCAAAGUCUCCAACAUUUGUUUGGGGGCAAUGACGUUUGGCUCGACUGAAGGUGCAAUGUUCCAUUUGCCCGGUCAACGCGACGAGGCUGCCUCUCAUGCCAUUCUGGACAAAUUUGUUGAAAUGGGAGGGAAUUUCAUCGACACUGCUGAUGUGUAUUCAGCUGGACGUUCAGAGUCGAUCGUCGGCACGUGGCUGCAGAAACAAGCGAGAGAACAAGUCAUCAUUGCUACAAAGGUGCGAUUUCCUGUGGGAUCUGGUCCCAAUGACGUCGGACUUUCCAAGAAACAUAUCUUGAACGGAGUGGAAGAAAGUCUGAAACGACUCAACACAAGCUACAUAGAUCUGUAUCAAACUCAUGCAUGGGAUGAUGGUACUCCAAUAGAGGAGACCCUCAGCACACUCACAGAUCUUGUUCGUCAGGGCAAAGUUCGAUAUUUGGGUCUGAGCAAUGUGACCGGCUGGCAGCUACAGAAAAUCAUCGACCUCACUAAGUACAAGCACUAUGAACCAUUUGUGUCUCUUCAAGUGCAAUACAACCUGAUGUGUCGCGAAACAGAGUGGGAACUACAAGAAGUGUGCAAACGUGAAGGGCUCGGUAUAUUGCCUUGGAGUCCUCUCAAAGGAGGAUGGCUAAGUGGUAAGGUGACUCGUGCUGGGGCUCCUGAAGGUUCUCGAAUAGAAUACUAUGGCAAGCAGGAGUCUGGAAGACCUCCCUUCUUUCGGGAUUAUAGCAAAGAAGAGCAAACUUGGAAGAUUCUGGAUGCCCUUAAAACCACUGCAGAAGAAUUAGGAAAGAGUGUUCCACAGGUAGCACUAAAAUGGUUGCUGCAUCAGGAGACGGUCAGCUCGGUUAUCAUCGGAGCUAAGAAAAUCGAACAGCUUGUUGACAACAUGGGAGCAGGAGAUGACGGUUGGAAACUGACUGCAGACCAGCUGAAACGUCUUGGAGAUGUCAGCAACAUCAUGCCUCUGUAUCCCUAUUCGUUCCUGAAUGCUGUGCAGGUGGGACGCCGCAGGGAUGGACCUCUUGUUCUCUAACUGAUGUUUUGUAGCAAGUUGGUACGUUACACUUUGUAAUAGCUUUGGAGUAUGUUUGCUACAAUUGAAUUGCUUUUGAUAACCUUGUGUGCAAGAUAUGGAAUUUGUUUGCAGCAUG